UUAAGUAUUGUUGUUAUAUAUAUGUGAUGAAAUGUCUACAUAACACGUUUUUGUUACAAUUAAUUGUUUUACGAGCUAAUACGUGUUCAAUUUCUAUGCUUAAUUUUGCUCAACCUAAAACUUAACCAACAAAUAUUAUUGUAUUUAUUACACAAUCAUGUUGAAAUUACGUUUAUUCGUUAAAGUACCGAAAGUUGUAAAACGUAGCUUCGGUACAAAUAUCCCUGUGUUGCAAAAAGCAAGUGAUCCCAUACAACAGCUCUUCCUUGACAAAAUUCGAGAAUAUAAGUCAAAAAGCGCAGGUGGCAAGUUGGUUGAUGCUAGCCCAGAAAUCAUGAAGGAACGGGAAUCUGAACUACAGAAACUUCGCAUACAGUUUGGCAGUGAUAACGGAGCAGAUAUGUCACAAUUUCCUCAGUUUCAAUUUACAGAUCCACCUGUGGAUACAGGUCUUCAGAAAAAAUAAAUAUCUCAAUAUGUAUCAUAGAACAUGUACUAAUAGUUAAACUAUUAAAUAGUGGAUAAUUAAUCGCAAAAAUACAUAUACAAGUAUUAAUUA